AUGGCAUUCAACUUAUUGUCAUCUUUCUUGGUGGAGGAUCUUCCUCCCCAGUCGGACAAGAUGAUAUGUGUUCAUAACACAGACACUCUUCCAAAGGUUUUUGAGACACUUUCAAAGAACAACAUACUUUCAGCACCAGUUCUCAACGAGUUUAAUCGUCCAGAGGGAUUGGUGGACUUUGUAGAUAUUGUAUGUUGUGUCGUUCAGAUUCUACAUCACACCGACCUCCUUGGAAAUGAUUAUUACUCAUUCCUAGAGAGAGAAGACCUAUUCUCUCAUACCUACGCUAGUUUCUUAUCAGAUCUCUCGAAUAAGAAUCCAUUCAUCCCAGUGGUCAAGGGAGCUUCUCUGUUGGAGGCAAUUACUGUAAUGUCCAAGAACAAACUACACAGAGUUCCAAUCAUUGCCAAUGACAUGAGCGGUGGACAUGGACCAAAGAUCAUCAACCUUGUGACACAGUCUGCCAUUCUCCAGUACCUCUCCAAGAAUAUUGAUAAACUGGGCAAUUGGAGUAACAAAUCUCUUAAAGACCUGGGAUUUGAAGAGAAGCAUGUGAUCACAAUCAACUAUCACAAGAGAGCUCUCGAAGCAUUCCAAUUGAUGGCAGAGCAUAGAGUGAAUGGUAUCGCAGUGGUAGAUGAGAAGAACCAGAUAUUGGCCAACAUUAGUGCCAGGGACUUGAAGGAGCUAUUGAAUGAAACAAGGAUUUUCGAGAACCUUUUCCUCUCUGUAGGUGAGUUCAUAUCCAAAGUGAGACAACAGGAUUACAAGGCUGUACAUCCAAGCAUCUGUUGUUCAAAGGAUGAACCACUCAAGAAGUUGAUAACUCGAAUGGCAGCUGCAAAGAUACAUCGAGUGUUCAUGGUCGAUCAAGAUCGUAAACCAAUUGGAGUGGUCAGUCUACAGGACAUCCUUGAGAAAAUUCUGGACCACAUUAACUCUGGCACAGGUGGAAACUAG